CUGCCUCUGGCUCAGAGCUGCGGAGAGAGAGAGGUGCAGGAGGAGGAGGAGGAAGAGGGAGGGAAGCCCUGCUGGCUCUCUUCGCAUCCUUUCUCCCUUGUGGAAGAAGGGAUGGCCCUGGAGGGAGGUGAAGGUGAGAUGGGCAUCUGGGGGGUCCCUGGCCCAGUGGAGAUCCGGGUGGCCCAAGCCCCCGAGGCUGAGAAAAGAGAGGAAGAAGAGGAGGAGGAGGAAGAGGAGGAGGAGGAAGAAGAUGGGGAGCUCCUCAGCCUGACUCCGUUGGGGAGCUGCAGCUGCAGCGAAGACGAUGCCUCCCAAAGAGAUCAAAGAAUUGGAGAGAAAUCCAGCGGCGGUGAAAACGACGGAGACGAUUUGGGACACAAAUGGAAACCUCCAGAGCAUGAACUGAUCCUGAAGUUGGUGGCCCAGAUUGAGUAUUACUUUUCGGAUGAAAACCUUGAAAAAGACGCCUUCCUUCUGAAGCACGUCCGGAGAAAUAAGAUGGGAUAUGUCAGCGUGAAGUUGCUGACUUCUUUCAAAAAGGUAAAACACUUGACCCGUGACUGGAGAACCACAGCUUAUGCCCUGAAAUAUUCUGAUAUUCUGGAGCUGAAUGAAGACAACCGAAAGGUUCGGCGCAAUACACCCGUCCCAGUGUUCCCCAGCGAGAAUCUGCCUAGCAAGAUGUUGCUUGUCUAUGACAUCCACCUGACGCUCAACCUCCAUUCUCUGGAGGAAGGGCAAGAAAAUGGAGGCGUUCAAGAGAAAGUUAUGGAACAUCUUCUUAAAGCCUUUGUCAAGUUUGGUGUCAUUUCAUCAGUCCGCAUCCUCAAACCCGGUAGGGAUCUCCCGCCGGAUAUCAAGAGGUUCAGUAGCCGAUACAGUCAAAUGGGGACCAAAGAAUGCACCAUCGUCGAGUUCGAAGAGGUGGAUGCUGCCAUCCAAGCUCAUGAGUCCAUGUGUCUGCUGGACAACGAGACGGCCAUGAAGGCCAUCCUCAUUGGAAGGAAGCCUCCAAAGAAGAAGGUCCUCAAAGACAAGAGCCGUGAUGGAGACUUGAACAAGGGUCACCACAAAAGGCGAUCGAUAAAUAAGAGGGUGGAAGAACUUCAGUUCCUUGGCGAUGAUUCUUCAGCCAACAGUUCCUCUGAGCCGGAGAGUAACCCAACCUCCCCUAUGUCUGGCCGGAGAAGUAACACUUCCAACAAACUGAGCCCAGUCACCUACACGAACAAUCACCUUAGCCCAAACUUGUCUCCAAGAUCGAGCCCUCGGACCAGCCCUUGCUCCCUACGGAAAGUCUCCAGGAUGUCUCCUCUGGUGGAAGACGGACGACUCAGCUUAAACGCCAGCCCCGAGACGCCCAGGAGAUGCGCGGAUUAUUCGUCGGACAGUAGCCUCACCCCUUCCAGCAGCCCAUGGGUUCAGAGGCGUCGGCAGGCACAAACUCUCACACAAGAGAAAAGCCCAGUGGGCAGCCCCAUGCAGAGUCCCAAAAUGCAGAAUUUUGUUGGGUUACCCGUCGGAGUGUUGCGUUUACCUAAGGGCCCUGAUGGGACAAAAGGAUUUCAUAAUGGACGGGAAAGGAAUAAAACAACUCAGAAUGAAUGAUCUUUGUGUUCAUUCAGGUAGUGAAUUACAGGGGUCCCUCAACAUUCGCUGGGGUUAAGAGUGAAGGACCCCCAUGAAUGUGGAAAAAGUUCAAAUUAAAAAACCAACACUAUUCUUUUUACCUAAGAGAACACUUCUCAAGAAAUCUCCAGAUCCUCCAGUGCAACUCAGUGGUCAACAUCUGCCAGAAUGUGACCCUAGAAUCAAGCUGGAUGACCUACAAAUGCCUAGAGAAGUGGUUUCUCUAGGAACUUUGAGGUCCUUCAUCACAACUCUAUGGUCAACUUCUGGCAGAGUUGCGCUGGAGGACCUAGAAAUUCCUAGAGAGAACAUAUUCAUCAAAACUGCAAACCAUUAAACCCGCAAAAGUCAAAGCCACAAAUGUGGAGGGCCAACUGUACUCCAAUGCUGAGUUAUUCCCAAGGACUUGGAUCAAGGCACUAUUUUCAUUUAUUUUUAAUUUUGAAGCAUUUGUACUUUUGUGGCUUUGUAUGCUUGUCUUUACACUUAAUCUAGAUGUUGUCUUUAUAUGUUUUUUACUGUUUUAUGAAACCUCAACAUGGAUGCAUUUUAUGUUUGUGUGUUUUUUAAUGCCAGGUAUAACCAAACAUUUAACGGGGGAAAUAUUAUUAUUAUUAUUAUUAUUAUUAUUAUU